GCAUCAAUUCAAUCAAAAUGGGUAUUCGGAUUUUGCCGGAGAUGGUGUUUCAUGCCAAACAUGUUAUUCAAAGAACAUCUAAACGCCAAUUUUGGCAUCAGAGAUCGAAGAGUUCUGCGGACGUCCCAAAAGGGCAUUUUGCAGUGUACGUUGGAGAGGAAGAGAAGAAGAGAUUUGUGGUGCCAAUAGCAUACUUGAAGCAUCCUCUGUUUCAACAACUGCUGAGUCAAGCUGAAGAAGAGUUUGGUUUUGAAUAUCAUCCAAUGGGAGGCCUCACCAUUCCUUGUCCAGAACAUGAGUUUCUUGAUCUCACUUCUCGUUUGAGUUGAACACCACUACUUCUUGUCCAAA